CUGGGGGAUGGACCCAGGGUAUUGAGCUGGGUCAGAGGCAAGGGCUCCAUCCAGGCACAGAAGUGAUGGGGGCGGGGGCAGCGCAGCACCCAGAGUCUCAUCCUCAUGGCCUGCCCGAGCCCCUCCCAGCUCCAGAAGUUUCAGGAGGAUGGAUUCCUGGUGCUGGAAGGAUUUUUAUCUGCAGAUGAAUGUGCCGCCAUGCAACAGAGGAUUGGCGAGCUAGUGGCUGCCAUGGAUGUCCCUGCCCACUGCCGCAUAGAAUUUUCCACCCGGGAAGAUGAGCAGCUGGGAACCAAAGGCCAGGGCGACAAAGACUAUUUCUUGAGCAGUGGCGACAAGAUUCGAUUCUUCUUCGAGAAAGGUGUUUUUGACAAGAAAGGAAAUUUCCUGGUCCCUCCGGAGAAGUCCGUCAAUAAAAUUGGCCACGCUCUGCAUGCCUAUGACCCUGUCUUCAGGAGUGUCACAUACUCCCCCAAGGUGCAGGCUUUGGCCAAAAGUCUGGGCUUCCAGAUGCCCGUGGUCGUGCAGAGCAUGUACAUCUUCAAGCAACCUCACUUUGGUGGCGAAGUCGCCCCUCACCAGGACUCCACCUUCCUGCACACGGAGCCCCUGGGCCGGCUUCUGGGCAUAUGGAUAGCACUGGAGGAUGCCACUCUGGAGAAUGGCUGCCUCUGGUUCAUCCCAGGCUCCCAUACUGGUGGGGUGUCCAGAAGGCUGGUCCGGACCCCUGCUGGCUCGAAGCCUGACGUCAGCUUCCUUGGGUCAGAGCCUGUCCGGGAUGCCAGCCUCUUUGUGCCCACCCCAGUGCAGAGAGGGGACCUCGUCCUAAUCCAUGGAGAAGUGGUACACAAGAGUGAGCAGAACCUCUCCAACCGCUCACGCCAUGCCUACACUUUCCAUCUCAUGGAGAGCUUGGGCACCGUCUGGAGCCCGGAGAACUGGCUCCAGCCAACAGCUGAGCUGCCCUUUCCCCCACUGUACACCUGAACGCCCUCUCUGGGCCGGGCCUGGCCCCUCUGGGUGAAGCCGUGGGCCGCACACACCAGCGCCUUGCCAGGCUGCCCAGCUGCAAAGGAGAAGUCGAAUCUCUUCCCCCUGCACUUUCUCCCUGCCGGGGUCUGUGCCCUUCAGCCCUGCAGCCAGGCAGGCGGGAGGUGGCAGGUGGGCAGCAGGAGCCCCGGAUGGAUGGCCUUCCGGAGACCUCUACCUCUCUGCCUCUCCCCUGCCCCACCUCAACCUCCCCCUGAAGGCAGCCUCUCACCAUGAAAGCAUUCUGGCCACUUCUCUGCUGGCUUCCCACUGUUCUCUCAGAUGCAAUUCGGAUUAUUAUGGUGCAAGACAUGCAAUAAAAGCGACUUCUGAAUGCA